CGAACAGCUGAAGUUGCUGUGCAUCACUGUUCUCGCCAAGAUCGCCACUCGUUGAGCACUGUUCAGUGCCGUUUUCGUCCGCAUAACAGAAAUCGGGGCCGUAGUGCCGCAGUAUUCGCCGCGUGCGUUACCAAGCGAAGAAAGUAUACACGACGACGAUGCAAGAAAAAGAAAGUGUGGAGAGCGGCCGCGAGGCAACAACGUACUAGGACUGUGCGCCCGUCGAUUGUUUCUCGAGAGCGGGGCCCAGCCGCUCGCUUCUUGCGCGAUUGCCCGAGGUGCCCGUGCGCCCACCGCCAGCCGACUAUCGGAAAAGCGCCAGCCGCGUCGAGAAACGAGAGAAUCUCAUACACGAACACCGUUGUAUUUAUCACCAGGAAGCAACAACGACGUCCAUCAAAGUGUAGAUCGUCGAAAAAAAACAAAACAGGACGCCGAUCGCCAUCGCGGUGUAAAGUGACCCUGAGGAGCGAGGAGAAUCCGAGCGCUUCCUUCGUUCUCGCGUCGUGUAUGCGAAUGUAGGCCCCCGAAAUCGCCGAAAAUCGCUACGAUACAAAAUCGCUGAUUGUCGCGACUCGCCCGCGGAACGUCCCUCUGCUUGUGUGUGCGUGCGUGUGUGCAACGCUCGUCGCUUGUUUCGAGUGGUGAGAAACGGUGGCGAAACAGCAAUCGCGCGAGCGAAUCGCACAAAAGGAUCGUCGCCUGUGCGCGACGUCGACGCCGUCAUCACAGCCGCUAGCAGGAGGCUAUUCGAGUAAUUCGUGUCCGCACACGUCCGAACGACGUUCAUUGUGUUUGUGCGCGCUUUGCGUGAGUGAGUAAAAAGGAGAGCACGACGAUGGUCCCGAUUGUCGCAAGUAACUUGCGCGCGGAGGACCGCCGUCGAUGAUAUCCACGAAUAAUGAGAACUGAUUGAGUUCGGUGGUCGCGAUCCGAGAUAUCUUCUCCGCACGCGAGUUUUAUGUGUUCGGAGUGCCCCUGGCCGAGAGCGCAAAUCGUUUUCCGAUCGGUGCGGAACAGCAUUCGAGAUCGUCCCGUCCGGCUGAGCAGGGCGCUGGAAGCGGCGCGCCGCUAUCUCCUGCACACGGUGUACUCGUCAGCGAGCAACGGCGCCAAGAUGAUGAAAAACGGCUCGAUGACCCGCGGAAAGGAGGGCAAGAUGAGGAUCCGUGCCUUUCCCAUGACUAUGGAUGAGAAAUACGUGGACAGUAUAUGGGCGCACUUGAAGAACGCCAUCCAGGAGAUUCAGAAGAAGAAUAACUCGGGCCUCAGCUUUGAAGAGCUGUAUCGCAAUGCAUACACCAUGGUGUUGCACAAGCACGGCGAACGGCUAUACGUGGGGCUCAAGGAUGUUGUCACACAGCACCUGGAGACGGUGCGCAAGGAGGUCCGCGAGUCGCUCAACAACAACUUCCUUAUGACGCUGAACGCCGCGUGGACAGACCAUCAGACAUCGAUGGUGAUGAUACGCGACAUUCUCAUGUACAUGGACCGCGUCUACGUACAGCAGAACGAUGUAGAUAACGUUUACAACUUAGGACUUAUUAUAUUCAGGGAUCAGGUUGUUAGGUUCGAUUGUAUCCGCGAUCACUUGAAGGACACUCUUCUCAAUAUGGUGAUGCGCGAAAGAAAGGGUGAGAAAGUCGAUAGAAUCUCAAUCAAAAACGCCUGCCAAAUGCUAAUGGUGCUCGGCAUCAAUAAGCGAACGAUAUAUGAGGAAGAUUUUGAGGCGCCUUUCCUCCAGCAGUCCGCUGAAUUCUACAAGGUUGAAAGCCAGAAGUUCCUCGCCGAAAACAGCGCCUCGGUGUACAUAAAGAAGGUGGAGGCGCGUAUCAACGAGGAAUCGGAACGCGCAAAGCACUAUCUGGACGAUUCCACCGAGAAGAAUAUCGUAGAAGUUGUCGAAAAAGAGUUGAUCAAGGAACACAUGAAAACGAUUGUCGAAAUGGAGAACUCGGGAGUGGUACACAUGCUGAAAAAUCAGAAGACAGAGCAUCUAGCGUGCAUGUACAAGCUCUUCAGUCGUGUUAUCGAUGGUCUCAAGACAAUGGCCGAUUGCGUCUCACACUAUUUGCGUGAGCAGGGCAAAGCGCUCGUCCAAGAGGAGGAGCAUCAAGUAUCAACCAAUGCUAUUACGUUUGUGCAAUCACUUUUAGAUCUUAAAGACAGGUUUGAUCACUUCCUAGUAAAUUCAUUUUCCAAUGACAAAAUAUUCAAGCAAAUGAUAGCGUCGGACUUCGAACACUUCCUCAACUUGAAUCCGAAGAGUCCCGAAUAUUUAUCGCUCUUCAUCGACGAUAAACUAAAGAAGGGCGUAAAGGGCAUGUCCGAGCAGGAAAUUGAAUUAGUGUUGGACAAGUCGAUGGUUUUAUUCAGAUUCCUACAGGAAAAGGACGUCUUUGAGCGUUACUACAAGCAGCAUUUGGCCAAACGUUUGUUGCUGAACAAGAGUGUCAGCGACGAUUGGGAAAAGAACAUGAUCUCAAAACUAAAAACGGAAUGCGGUUGUCAAUUCACGUCGAAGUUGGAGGGUAUGUUCAAGGACAUGACUGUAUCGAACACGAUAAUGGACGAAUUUAAGGAGCACGUCCUCAAGAACGAAACAUAUUUGGGGGGUGUCGAUUUGUUCAUGCGUGUUCUGACUACGGGCUUUUGGCCCACACAGAGCGCGACGCCCAAGUGCCACAUACCAGCCACACCAUUGGCAGCCUUCGAAUCCUUCCGUAGGUUUUAUUUAGGUAAACAUAGCGGUAGACAGUUAACAUUGCAGCCGCAAUUAGGCAACGCGGACCUCAACGCCAUUUUCUACGGCCCGAAGAAGGACGACAGCGACAAGGACGGCGCAUGCUCGUCCUCAACGUCGAUUGUAGGAUCGCGCGCUGGCCCACGUAAACACAUUAUCCAGGUGUCCACAUACCAAAUGGUGGUGUUGAUGCUGUUCAAUAACCAUGACAAGCUCACGUAUGAGGAGAUCCAAAACGAGACGGACAUCCCAGAACGCGACCUCAUCCGCGCGCUUCAGUCGCUUGCGAUGGGCAAAGCGACACAACGCAUCCUCCUCAAGAACCCUAAGACUAAGGAGAUCGAGCCGACGCAUGAAUUCCUUGUAAAUGACUCAUUUACUUCUAAGUUACAUCGUGUUAAAAUCCAGACAGUAGCGGCGAAGGGUGAGAGCGAACCAGAGCGUCGCGAGACGCGAAACAAAGUCGACGAGGACCGCAAGCACGAAAUCGAGGCAGCAAUUGUGCGCAUUAUGAAGUCACGCAAGCGCAUGCCGCACAAUCUCCUCAUCACCGAAGUCACCGAGCAGCUGAAGAGCCGCUUCCUGCCGUCGCCGGUGAUAAUCAAAAAACGCAUUGAGGGCCUCAUCGAGCGUGAGUACCUAGCGCGCACGCCCGAGGACAGGAAAAUGUACACGUACGUCGCCUAAGAUGGCGGCACGCGCGGCAGUGAGUGGAUGACAGGACGGCAAUGUGCAUAACACGCUAACAGAGCUAAGAAACUAGUUUUAGAAAACGUAAAAUUUCUACAAGAUCUUAAACGCGAGGAAUUUAAAAACGAAAUGCCAUCUAUCCUGUAGACAACCAAAACUUUCGACAGAUGUGAUUAAUACUUUGAUUGCAACGCGGCAUUACUAUUGUUUCCUUACUUUGUCAACUUCCAUACAUCAAUCGAGACCAUAAACCAUUAACGAAAAGGAAAUUUUGUUUGGAUUACUUGAAGAGUUAUGUUAAUGUAACUUAGCGUGUUAUUUUUGUACGAGCAUAACUCUAUGCGACACAGUUACUAGUGUGUUUGAACAGCAACAAAUAAAUUUUGCGGAUCGACAUGAAACCUCAUCUACUCUUUGUCUACGUCAAUUUGUUUGCAAUUGAUUGUUUAAUAACUUGGAAUUAUUUUAGAUUUAUUUUGCAAUACCACACCAAUAAUUUUUAAUAUAAGUUAAUGAUAGUCAUGGUCGUACUUGCGUGCAUCAUGCAUCUCGAUAAAUGAUCACAGUUUAAUUGAAUAUUAUAUAAAUAUCUCUCUAAUAUUUAGAAUAUACAAGAAAUUGUUUCAUUAUUUUGUCAAAUUCUUGUCAUCAAUCAACUGGAACAGAAUUCUAAUCGCAGAAUGACAAAUUAGAGGAGAGGAUGUUUUAUGUUAGCUGCUAUGUCUGAUCGCAAUCAAGUAGUGUCAUGAAUUCCUAACUUUUAAAAAUUAAUUUCAUAAAUUUGAAUAUCCCAGCAGUUUGGAUAGUUAAUGUGCAGCUUCUUAUUUCAAACAAUUGAAACAUUUUAUACGCAAAUGAAUCAAAAGCUAAAAAUUGAAAUGUAUCUCUCUCGUCGCGCACAACUGUAUUUUUUACAAGUUUAUCACGAAAUUCAAUUGAUAGAGCGGGUCAACUGAUAUUCACUUCGUUGUUUGCGCAUCGAUCUUCACGCUGGACACAUGUUGGACGCCCCAUGCCGAACCGAUUCAAAUUGUUAAACAUCAAUAUGAACAUUUUUUUAUACGUAUAAGUAGCUAACAUAAAAUAUAAUUCAAAUAAAAAUAAACUACGAAAGAUAAUGAUAUUACAGAAUGUUCUUUAUCUUGUAAGGAUUGUAAAUAUUAAUGAUACUUGUAAUUGCUACAAUUGAAGAAGAUUUAUGAUAGCGAGGUGGAAAUCGUGGGAAGCGAUCCGAAAGAAUUCGACAUCUAAUACUAUUAGACGACUAUGAUAAUGAUGAUUAUGAUUAUGGAAUGAAAGUUCAAUUUAUAACAAAUGUAAAAUAUUUCAACACUUUUAAAGCAGCUCAGACCGAC